GAGCCGCGGCGGCCACGGAGCACCGCGGUACUGCGAAGCUGGCUCGGUUCAGCUCGGUUUUGCUCCCCGCAGUUGUUACCGAAACGCCACCCCCCAUCACAGUUUGUGUCGUUUUGCCGGGGGAAGCACACUGCGGGAUCAGCGGGAGAUUCCGGCGGGAGAGCCGGUGCGGGGGCAUGCCUGCGGCGGCAGCUCCGGGUCCGGGAGCGGAGCGCGCAGUUCCCCUGAGAGCAGCUGGACUUGUUGCUGUUGGAAAAGAGAAUUCGUGAUUCUACGAGCAGAGGAGGUAGGAUCAAGGUGCGGAGUGAAGCUUUGUGGAGUUUCGUGAAGCUGGAGGAGAGUUCUGACAAACUGAGCACGUGUGGAUUUGUUCCGUUGCGCUUUUUACGCGCAGUUUUGGUGCGUAAAAUCUAACAUCAUCUGGAUAAACUGCUGGAUCGAUCUGUUGCUGCGCGCUCUGCGCUCUCUCUGGAUGUCCCUGAACCCACUCCUGCACCUCCACUGAGCCUCCGCACAGGUCCUCCACCAGCAGCGGCAGCAUGUCAGCGGGAGUCGCGGCGUGGCUGCCCUUCGCGCGGGCGGCGGCCAUCGGUUGGAUGCCGGUGGCCAGCACGCCGAUGCCCGUGCCCCCGAAGGAGAGGAAGCGCACGCAGGAUGGACUGAUCGUGCUCAACGUGAGCGGCACCAAGUUCCAGACGUGGCGGGACACGCUGGAGCGGUACCCGGACACCCUGCUGGGCAGCACCGAGCGGGACUUCUUCUUCCACGAGGAGAGUAACGAGUACUUCUUCGACCGCGACCCGGACAUCUUCAGGCACAUUCUCAACUUUUACCGCACGGGAAAGCUGCACUACCCGCGGCAGGAGUGCAUCUCCGCGUACGACGAGGAGCUGGCCUUCUUCGGCAUCAUCCCGGAGAUCAUCGGGGACUGCUGCUACGAGGAAUACAAGGACCGGCGGCGGGAGAACCAGGAGCGCAUCCAGGACGACGAGGAGGCCGAUCCGGCCAGCGAGCUGGUCUCCGCGGACAUGAGUUUCCGUGAGACCAUGUGGCGCGCCUUCGAGAACCCGCACACCUCCACCAUGGCGCUGGUCUUCUACUACGUGACCGGCUUCUUCAUCGCGGUGUCGGUGCUCGCCAACGUGGUGGAGACGGUCCCGUGCGGCUCCGCUCACAACCGGGUCAAGGAGAUGUCGUGCGGGGAGCGUUACGCGCUGGCCUUCUUCUGCCUGGACACGGCGUGCGUCAUGAUCUUCACGGUGGAGUACCUGCUGCGCCUGAUGGCCGCGCCGAGCCGCUACAAGUUCGUGAAGAGCGUGAUGAGCGUCAUCGACGUGGUGGCCAUCAUGCCCUACUACAUCGGCCUGGUCAUGACCGACAACGAGGACGUGAGCGGCGCCUUCGUCACGCUGCGCGUCUUCAGGGUCUUCCGGAUCUUCAAGUUCUCGCGGCACUCGGCGGGCCUGCGCAUCCUGGGCUACACGCUGAAGAGCUGCGCCUCGGAGCUCGGCUUCCUCCUCUUCUCGCUCACCAUGGCCAUCAUCAUCUUCGCCACCGUCAUGUUCUAUGCAGAGAAGGGAUCCAGCGCCAGCAAGUUCACCUCCAUCCCAGCAGCCUUCUGGUACACCAUCGUCACCAUGACAACUCUGGGAUACGGCGACAUGGUGCCGAAGACCAUCAUGGGGAAGAUCUUCGGCUCCAUCUGCUCCCUGAGCGGCGUGCUGGUCAUCGCCCUGCCGGUGCCCGUCAUCGUCUCCAACUUCAGCCGGAUCUACCACCAGAGCCAGAGAGCCGAGAAGCGGCGAGCGCAGAAGGCGUCCAAAGAAGCCGGACAGGCGCUGGUCUGCAAGACCAACCCCAACUUCGAGGUGCACCACCACCACCUGCUGAACUGCCUGGAGAAGACCACGAACCACGAGUUCGUGGACGAGAAGUCGUACGAGACGAGCUGCAAGGAGGUGACCCUGGUCAAGCAGGCGUCCCGCUCUUCGUCCGUCUCCUCCUCCUCCUCGCCCCACGGCUUCACCUCCUGCUGCAGCCGCCGGAAGAGGAAGACCUUCCACGUGCCCAACUCCAACAUGGCGGUGGGGCUGCAGGGCAGCAUCCAGGAGCUGAGCACCAUCCAGAUCCGGGAGCGGCCGCUCAACAACAGUCGUUCCAGUCGGUCCAGCCUGAACGCUAAAUUCGAGGAGACCCUCCCUCUGAACUGUGACCAGCCGUAUCUCACCGCCGCCGUCAUUAGCAUGCCCACGCCGCCGGGAACCACGCCCGAGGGCGACGACUCCACCGACUACUCCCAGACCAACAUCGUGCGUGUUUCCGCGCUCUAGGCCCCGCCCAGUCCCCCGCCACAGCGCCCCCUGGAUGACAGAGGCGUCGACCGCAGACUGACCAAUGGUAGACAAGCAGAUCCGUCACGAACUGACUCCGAUUCGGAUUUUCUUUGAUUUCCUUGCUGAGGAGCUCGAACGACCACGUUAGCCUGCGAACGCACGAGUCAACAGGAGGUCAAAGAGCAGCGGAGAGCUGACGUCCUGAACCGGGCUUCCUCUUGUCUCUCAUGGAUUUGAAACGGUCUGACGGAGGACUUUGAGCAUGCUCAGUACGUGUGUGUGUGUGUGUGUGUGAUUGUUUUCAAGAGUCGGACUCU